AUGGCACAACCGACGCGCACCCUGUCGCUCCGGAUCCUCUCGCCGGCUGUCGAGCUGGGCCAUGGCCUCGACAUGGCCGACGUGCCUGUCGACACCACCAUAGCCGCCUUGAAGUCCAAGUUGACCGACAUGCUGCCCUCGAACCCUACGCCUGAUCGCAUGAGACUCAUCCACUAUGGUCGCCUUCUGGCCAACGACGACGAGACACUGGGACACCUGUUUGGAGAAGCCGCCAUUACCCAAACCACGCCUUUCACCUUACAUCUCGUUGUCCGCGCCCCUCCUACCCCAAUGGAGACAGCAGCUACUCGCCAACCACUUUUCGCAAACUGGACUCCUCAGAAUGCCGCUCCAGGUCCUGCACAACCACCACCGAACCUUCUUCCACCAGGCGCUGCGAAUCAUCCCUUGAUGCGACCAGGCGCUGCCUUUGUUCCCGCGCCCCAAGGUGCUACUGCCACUCCACCACAUCCUGCCGCUCCUACACCAACCAUACAACACACCCACGCACCUUCGCCUAACCUGCUGCACCAGCUCAUGGAGCGUCAACAACAACAGCUUAGACAGCUCCAUGAACAUCGUCCCCAAUUCCCUCUACCCGCCAUGCCGAGACACACUCCUCCUCAAAGCGCUCCUCACACUCCGCCUCCCUUCGCUCACCAACAUGCUCAUCCGCAUAUCCAUCAUCACCACCAUCACCCAAAUGCUCAUGCCCACCCGCAAUCACAACAGCCGCCCCACCAACAACCACAUCAGCGUACCGCUACUAUAACAAUCAAUCAGAGCACCAUCGCUGUACCUAUGCCUCUUGGUCCACAUGGCAUGCCCAUGGGUCAGAUGCCGCUACCUGGCUUCCCACCGAUUCAUAAUCUGUUCCAUCAACCUGCUCAACCACAACUGCAGCAAUUUAACCCAGCAUCGCCUACAGUCUACCUACUCUCAUCGCGAAACGGUCCACAAGCUUUGCUGUUUUCACCACAAGGCACAUAUACUGCAAGCUUACCACACACUCCUCUGCCUGGUAUACCCAGCAUGCCUAAUCCGCUCUUGGCUCACACACGGCCUCACACACCCGCCGCGCAAGCUGCGCCACAACCACAAGGCAUAAACCCACCUCCUGUUGCCAUUGANUCCUCAACAACCCCGGAACAAAUCGCACAGCAAAUCGUCCAACAAAUGAACCAAGGAGGUGCAGAGAACCAAGAAUUCAAUGCUCUUGCACCCUGGCAGCCGCUGUUAGCCCAUGGCUGGAUGUUGCUCCGUCUCCUGUUCUUCGCAUGGAUCUUGCUCGGCACAGGUCAAGGGUGGCGAAGACCCUUGGCCUUGCUUGCUAUUGGUGUUGUCUUCUGGGCUAUCAACGCUAAUGGCAUCGGCAACACAGUCAGAGAUGCAGUUCGCUCAUGGUGGGAAGCAGUCGUUGGUCUACCCGGACAACCACAGCAACAAGAGCACGGUGUAAUUAGACAAGCCCUACGACCCGCCGAACGCCUACUCGCUCUGCUGAUCGCAUCACUAUGGCCUGGCGUUGGCGAACGCACCGUCACUGCCAGAAGAGAAGCAGAAGAACGACAAAGACGUGAAGAGGGAGAGCGACAGGCCGCAGAAGCAGAGCGUCAGAGACAAUUGGAAGCUGAUCAAUCUGUUACUCAAGAAGAGUCUUCGAAUACGGGAGAUAGCGAUCCAGUCACUGCUAUCGAAGGACCUUCUACUGUUACUGCUACUGGCAACGAUGUCUCUGGCGGAGAUGGAGAGGUCAGGGAACGAAAGACGGCAACGCAAGAUCAUAGCGUGGAAGAGCAGGCUGCUCCAUCAGAACCCACCUUGUCGCGUGAGGAGCAGAGAGCUCAACAAGUUAGUAACCUCACUGCAGACUGGUGA